ACACGGACGCUCAGAGCCACCUUCUCUUCCCGGGCAUCCACGACCAGCACGGUCCCCACGCCUCCCAAAAUGUUCUCAACGGGCAGAUGCGAUUGGGCUUGCCGGGGGAGGUAUUCGCCCGGUCGGAUCAGUACCGCCAGGUUUCCAGCCCCAGGACUGACCCUUACUCGGCGGCUCAGCUGCACAACCAGUACGGCCCCAUGAAUAUGAAUAUGGGCAUGAACAUGGCAGCCCACCACCACCACCACCCAGGUGCCUUUUUCCGCUACAUGCGGCAGCAGUGCAUCAAGCAAGAGCUCAUCUGCAAGUGGAUCGAUCCCGAACAGCUGAACAACCCCAAAAAAAGUUGCAAUAAAACUUUCAGCACCAUGCACGAGUUGGUCACCCAUGUCUCGGUGGAGCAUGUUGGGGGACCCGAGCAGAGCAACCAUGUCUGCUACUGGGAGGAGUGUCCCCGCGAAGGCAAACCUUUCAAAGCGAAAUACAAACUGGUCAAUCAUAUCCGAGUGCACACGGGAGAGAAACCUUUCCCCUGCCCCUUCCCUGGCUGCGGAAAAGUUUUCGCCAGAUCAGAAAAUCUCAAAAUUCACAAAAGGACGCACACAGGUAAUUCGGGUUUCUUUCGCCACAUUUCCUCCCUCUGCCCGUGCCUAUAUAUGCGUGUGUAUAUAUAUGUGUAAACUGAUAGAUACUCAGACAGAGUGAUGUUAAAUUAGAAGGGUGAUAAAAUAAGCCUCCAGUUUAUUUUUUUAACCCUCUCCAUCACAUGGCUGCGUUUGUUUUGGUUUCUUCCCCAGCAGCAUACACCCCCCUCCAUCCCAGAUUUCGAAAGGAUAUUUAACUGAUUUGUUUUAAUUUGGGAGUGAGAGCUGUAGAUUCGUGCUGAGGUUCAGCGGAGUCUUUCCGCAGAAACGCGGAAUACAGCGCGAACCAAUUUUUGCCGUCUUGCUAAAAUAGGGGAAGACAUCCGUCCAUCCAUCCAUCCAUCUGAAACGCCUUAGUCAUUUGCUCUGUGCAACGUAUUUGCAUACAACUUCAGCGCUUGUGAGCAUGGCUUUUAUUUAUUUAUGGAUACUCAGAGAAACUAUAUAAAUACGUGCAAAAUCAAUCGUUAGUCCUAAAUCCCGUUAGAAGUGGCAAAAAAAGUCCCUUUCUGGGAAUGUUUUCCAUUAAAUUUAAAUGGUGUGAGCAAGGCAAUAAAAUUUUCUCAUUUUAAAAAAAUUUGUUUUUAAAGUCUCACUCGAUGUGAUUUAAGGUGUUUUUGUAACAGUUUAUUAAAUUAUGUAAUAGGGAACAGAGGAUUUGAGGUUCGGAAACUUCCACCCAAAUCAGGUGGAAGAGGGUCGAGGGAGCUCGGGCUUUACUGAUGGAAAAUCGCCUGAGCCGAAGGGCAACAAAAAUAAACGCAUCCUCCCGCCUCAUCUAUUAUUCAUUUACUACUCCUGCCGGCUCAAACCGUGCCAGACUAUUUCAUAAAAGACGGCCAAAUAUUUUAGCGACUUCCACUCCAAAUAUUUACCCGGAGAAAGGCUAAAAAUCUCGAGGCCUAUUGUUUUCUCAAGUGCUAAGCCCGAUGCGAGGUGCGAGACGAGCUUUAACAAGGUUUAAAAUUUGAGAAAUGUAUUUGCAUGAGAUGCCCGCACUGAAGUCAUUGUGUCUGAGCGGAUGUCUUUAAGAAACAAUUUAGGUGCUAAUGGAAUCUAAUGUUAAAUGCUUCCCCUCCAAAGGCGGGGGAAUGUGGAGUUCUCACCUCCAAAGUACUCCCCGGCAUUUGGAGUCUUGGCAGCCGGGAGAGAGGAAUCCCUAUGAAAAUUAAAUGAAGUAUUUUACAGACGUUUAGUUUUCCCAGCGGAUGUGAGUUUAUCUCGAAUAUCCAUACACGAAACAAUAUACCCGGCCUUAAAUCUGUCGGUAAUGGUUUCCAGUUUAACAGGAUAGCGGAUUUGGUACCGAGGCGAAACGGCUCGGUGAUGCUUGCUUCUUUUUUUUUUUUUUUUAAAUCGUCUUUCUUCUUCAAUCUCUUUCGGGGCUGGCUAUGUGUGUCCGCACGGGCCGAAAUAAAAUCGGGCGAGAAGACGGGACGGGGACAUCCCCGGGGUUUUGGCAGGAAAACCAGCUGGGGGACGGGGGUUGCCUCGCUGCAGGGCAAGGCGUGAGCGACGCGGCCCUCCG